UCAGGGAUUCAUAGUCAAACAUGGGGAGUGGAAUACGCCUCCAAACACAUCUGUGCCUUUGAAGGAUCCACAGUGGAAAUAUCCUGCACCUACACAUACCCACCCUGGAUAAGUUACAAGAAAACUGUUGUUCAGAGAGAAUUCUGGUUUACUAAACUGAAGGACAAAAACCCACUGGACCUGAGAGAAGAUCCUGACUAUGCAGGCAGAGUCACAUAUCGCUGUUCUGAACAGAGCUGCUCACUGAGGAUCAGUGGUCUGAGACUGAAUGACUUUGCUGAGUACAAGUUCAGGUUUGAGACAAACCAACCCGGUGGGAGUUCAACCGGUUCACCAGGAGUCUUUCUGACUGCAACAGAUCUCCAAGUGCAGAGUCAAACAAUUGAGGAGUGCUGGUUUAGUCAAUGUGCAUGGUUUGACAUUUUGUGCAAAAGCAGUUGUGUUCUUCCUCAUUCUUCCUACGUGUGGUACAAAAAUGGUGAAAUAAUCACGGAUGGAUCAGAACAAAAGUACUCAGCUUACAUUUACGCUGCAGACAGUGUUUCCUGUGCUGUAAGAGGACACGAGUCUUUCCACUCUCCUGUUGUGUGUGUUUAUGGGAGUUCAUGCAACAAAGUGUCUUACACUGAAAGAAGCAUCUGUGCCUUCAGAGGAUCAACAGUGACCAUUUCUUGUUCUUUUCAAAGUGAAAGCUCAGAUUCAUUAGAAUCCUGGUUCAGUGUUCGUGGUCAGCAGUCCUACUACCAGAACACUGGAGGACAUGAUUCAUCUGAAAAUCGGUUUCAAGUAAAAAUGUAUCGAGAUCAAUCAAGUCUGACCAUCAGUGACCUGACAGACAGUGAUGCAGAUGAGUAUCGGUGUAAAACAACAUGGUGGAGCAGAGAUUUCCCUGGAACAACUCUCACUGUUGUUGAUCCUCGUAUGCAGGUGAUCCGGUCUGGACAGGAACUGGUUUGUCACAGCAGCUGUUUUCCUCUGCAUCACCUUUCCUUCGUGUGGUUCAUGAAUGGACAGGAAGUUCAGGGAGAAACUUCUUCUUAUUACAGAAAACCUGUUUCUCCUGAAGCCUCCUACUCCUGUUCUUACCAGGGUCACCGCUUACCUGAAGUCUAUGCUCCAAAGUCCGUUUCUGUAUCCAUGAGUCUGACUGAGAUUAUGGAGGGCAGUUCAGUGACUCUGACCUGCAGCUGUGAUGCUAACCCACCAGCUAAAUUCAGGUGGUACAAAAACAACCAAACUCUGCUCCAUGAGGAUCCACGUCUGAUCCUCUGGUCCGUCCAGCGUUCUGACUCAGGAAAAUACCACUGUGUAGCUGAGAAUAAACUUGGAGAAGCAGCAUCUGACUAUGUCUUCAUAAAUGUGGAAUAUCCUCCAGAAACCUCCUCUGUGUCUGUGAGUCCCUCUGCUGAGGUCCUGGAGGGCAGUUCAGUGACUCUGACCUGCAGCAGUGAUGCUAACCCAGCAGCUAACUACACCUGGUACAAGAAGGAUGAAGACUCACCAAAAGCAUCUGGACCAAACUGGACCAUCAGUGAUUUCAGAGCUGAACACAGUGGCUUUUAUUACUGUGAAGCAGAGAACAGAAGAGGACGUCUGAACUCCAGUUUACAGCUGAUUGAAGCAGAAACAGAUUCAUGGAAAUCAGCAGCAACUGCAAAGACCAUAAUUGCUGUUUUUUUGUUUGUCUUUAUCCCUGCCUUUCUUUGGAUCAGAAAAAACAGGCGUGUCACAGAGCAGCAGGAGAAGAGAGCUGCCAACAGAACUCAACUCAACACGAGUCCAGACAUCAACAGUCCAUCUGCAGAAACAGAAGCAGCAGAAGAGCAGCUUGAGCUUCAUUACAGCAGCAUCCACCUCUCUGAGAACCAGGAGGAAUGUCUGUACUCCAACAUCAGGAGAAAUCCCAAACCCAGACAGAGACCAGAGGACAACUCUGUUGAAUAAUCAGCAAGAAAUCUGCUGAAGCUAAAAAAACAACAGAAGCUGAACAUUCAGAGGAUUUUGCUCUUUACAGCACCGUCAACAAAGUCUCAUCCUGAUGCAAGAAAAUCAGAUUUACCUUCACCUUCUGCUGUUAUUGACAUGUUUGCUUUGGUUUAGUUCAACAAUUCUCAAAAUAAGGAAAUUUCUUGGAGAAGACAGAAAAAAAUAUAUAGAAAUUGAUGCAAGAAGAUUCUCAGCUUGGUCACUUUUUCUCUUGAAUGAUUCAUGAAAAACACAACGAUGUGACAUAAGCAGCAGAACCAACUGUUUUUUUUUAUAAAAUUAUUUUCAGUUAAAAUUGUUUUCAUGGUUUUUUAGGGGGGUUUCUUUUAAUUAAGUCUUUAGAAAUAGAAACAUCUGCUAUUAUUGUUUUGCCGGCUUGGUCAUUAUUGCACAGACGAGAGGCACUAGAGUUCCUGCACUGCUGUUAAUUUGGUUUUCUUUUCUUCAGACUUUACUCUGCAUCAACAUCGUAGAAGUAGCAAACAUAAGUAAUGAAUAACUAUAGCACAUGAAUUACAUACCUUCACACAAAUAAUGCACAAAAGAAUACACCCCGGCAUGCCAACCCUGUGCCACAGUUGGCAUGCCUGCCCUAGGUUGCCGCCUCCUGACAUUUCCAUUUACCAUUAAAAGUACACAUAAUUAGUUCAUUAUAAGGAGAACAUGAUUCUUAUUCUGGUGUGACAGUACCUCCAUUUCACUGUACUUUGUACAAAGUAUGCAAAGAGAAUAAAGACUUAUUUUAAGUUUA